AUGGAUGCCCAACCAUUAACAAACCUCCAAUCCGAAUCCAAGUCCAACAACACUCCCUACACACCGCUUGACAGCGCCGGCUCCCCACCCUCCGACUCGUGGUCAAUCCGGCGAUUUCUCAGUCGACGCGGUAGUCGCCGGUAUCGGGUCCUGGAGCGUGAACCAAAUCGGUUGCGAAAACGUGUCAGCCAGUGA